UCCACCCUGAACGGACUAAACGCAUCAGCCGUCCACGUCUGCCGGGGAAGAAAAGCGCGUGGGGAUGCUCCGCGCGGGCAUAGUGAGAGAAACGCGCGCGCUUAAUGAUAACUAUUUAGACAACGAGCCAAUUAACUGGUAAUUACAUAAGUGGUAGUGAAACAGUCGGUGCGUCUGCCAGUCGGCUCAGAUUAGAACAGAGGACAUGGUGGUAUUUAUUCAAUAGGACUUUUUGCGUUUUUCACCAACACAUCUUGGAUUUGUGUCGUUAUCACAAAGCAAGUGUGGAGCCGAGGACGAGGUCCAAACCAUUGAAGACAGACCUGCAUCAGAGAGAGAGAUGACCCUAGUUUUGUCCAUGAAUCCUUUCCUGGACCCAGAGGGAGACCCUCCGCUCUCCACAUACCAGCCUAUAUGGGAGUCGGAGCGUUGCACUAAGACCCGCCUGUCGAACGCUGCCCCACCAGGCAGCUCUGUAGAGCAAUUUACACAAGAAACCCCCUGCAGGCGAGUUCCUGAUCAUGUUUCAGUAUCAAGGAUUGCAUACUUCAAGAGGAAGUUUGUUGACGAUGACGAUGAGCCUCGAUUCAGCUUCAGAACAUACUGCCAAACCGUUGCCCCAGUCUUGGAGGAGCGUGCCCAUGUGCUGCGCCUCUCCCUGGAGAAGAUGCGGUUCAUUGACGACCCCGAGGCCUUCCUCCGACGCUCCGUCCUUGUUAACAACCUCCUUCGGCGCCUGCGAGCUGAGAUUAUUCUCCAGAGCACUGAAUGGUGCUUCCCACCCAACCCAGCAUUUACCAAUGGCCCCUGCGCCCCGUCACCCAGUGCAAACCCUGCGAACCAGGCACUCCACGGAGCACUACCCACCCGGAUCUGCUUAUCACCCCAAGCCGGGCCGCCCUUCCGUAAGCGCUUCCGAAUGGUCCGUGGAGGACAGGGGGAGCUACGCCCCGACUGUGCCCAGACAUGCUGCUGCAUCUACGCAGCGGCGGCCGCUGCAGGACACUACCUCCACCUCCCGUUCUCCAUGUACGAUGCAGCUCUCUCAGCCUGCCCGUCCACACCACACUCUUCCUCUUUUUUUCAGCUAGCUAGCCAUGGUAAGCUAGGACUGACAGUGGCCAUAGAAGAUCAUGAAGAUGAGGAUGAAGAUAUCACAACUGUCAUCUAA